AUGGUGAAUAAGGCGAACCAAGUCCUAGGGCUAAUAAGACGGUCUGUUGGAACAGCUAAUACAACAACUUUUUCAUUGCUUUACAAAACAUUGGUCAGACCACUUCUAGAGUAUGCUGCUCCAGUCUGGAACCCAUAUCUUGUCAAAGAUAUUCAUGCAAUAGAGAGCGUGCAAAGACGCGCGUCAAGAUUAGCUCUUAGGCAAAAAAGAGGUGAUAUGUCUUAUGAAGAGCGUUGUGACACGUUACAUUGGCCAUCUUUGUCCAGUCGUAGGACAUAUUCCUCUCUUGUUGAAUGUUAUAAGAUCGUGUUUGGCUUAUCACACUUGGAUUUUGAGGAAUUCUUUCAAUUCGCAAAAGUCAAAUCCACUAGGGCAAAUCACUCGUAUAAGCUUUAUUGUAAAUUAUCUAGAAUCAACUGUUUUAAAUAUUCUUUUUUUAACAAUGUAAUUAGUUAUUGGAACAAUUUACCUAGUAAUGUUGUUGAAGCCGGUACCCUUGAACUUUUUAAAUGUAAACUCAAAUCCUUUUUAAAGUUGUAA